AAAUGAGCCUUCGUCCCUGCAAGGUGGCGCCAGAGGUCUGGCCAAGGCGGAGGCGCCGGUGGAGUGGGAGCCCCCAGCGGAGGAGCCUGGGCCCAGGUCCCAGGCGAGGCGGCAACCCGAGGCAGGGCCGGGCUCAGAGCCGCUCCCCGCCUCUAAGCACGAGUCAGAGCAGUUCUUCGGUGGAAGACAGGAACCCGAGAUGACCUGGGCUUCGGGGCAGUUGCCAGAGCCCGCUGGGGCGCCCCAUUCACAUCCGGUGUCAGUGAGGGGGGAUUCCUCGCUGCCAGCAUCACCGUCGGAAAACCAGGUGUCCGAGAGACCCCGUUGCCACACCGACUGCCUGGAGGCGCCCCUCUCCUGCCUCUUCCGAAGGCUGGGAUGCGAAGAGGGCGCGCACCCCUGGAUCUUCCUGCUGGUGCCCAUGGUGCUGACGGCCGCUCUGGGCACCGGUUUGAUAUACCUGCCCAAGGAUGUAGAAGAAAACCUUGAGGAGCAGUACACACCAAUAGGGAGCCCAGCCAAGGCUGAGUGGCGCUUUGUGCAGGAAUGCUUCACCGCCAGCGACUCUUACCGCUUCUCCCUCUCCAGGAAGAGCACCGAGGUCUAUUUCGCUUGUAUGCUAGCGGUCUCCAACACCACCUCCCUGCUAGAACCAGCAAUCUUAUCAGAAGUUAGUAAAGUGGAUGACGUGAUCCAGGAUCUGUAUGCGAUGGGAGAAAACGGAACCCAGAUCCACUACAAUCAGGUGUGUGCCAAGCACCAGGGUCUCUGCGUGCCUUCCAACCCACUCCUGUAUGCCUGGCAGAUGAACAGGGACCUCGACCUGAGAAAUGUCACUUUCCCAAUCUACAACCACACCGGUCAGCCCAUCUACCUGGCUGACACCAUUGGAGGAACCUUCUUAGGUGAGAGGAUGGGAAUGAACCAGUUACUCCUGGAAGCCAAAGCCGUGAGGCUGCUCUACAACCUGAAAACUGAGGAUGGAGAGGACAACUAACGUGGUAAGAAAUGGUUGACCCAUUUCCUGAACCAAUUUAGCAACAUUGAAAAGAGUCUGGCCUCGAAGAGGAUCCAGGUGGUCUACUUUACAUCAAUUUCUACACAACUGGAACUUGAAGCAACUUUGAUGACAGUGAUCCCUUUGUUUCACUUGGCAUACCUUCUAAUAGUAUUAGUUGCAAUCCUAUCAUGCUACAGUCCCGGCUAA